CUCACUUUGGGAGCUUGCAUUUAGAUCACUGAAUGGACCGUGCAUAUCAUAUAACCGGGAAUCAAAGACGUUUGCCAUCCUGUGAAAAACCUCAUCUGUCUAACAGUCUGACACAUUUCACUUCUCUUUUGGCCCCGAGAGGCUCCAGGAGAUGCAGAACAUCCUUAACGGGUGUUGCGAGGCAGCGCUUACACGCUCUCUCCCUGUGUCUGCAGAUAUGCAGAAAGGCUAAGAGAGGCUGACACAAUUUCCGGGAGUUGCUCAUACGGCUGAGCAAAAGCUCCGAGUGCCCUGUUCACUCCAGUGAAUAUGGGUAUCCUUUGGCAAAUGCAAAGUUUGGAUAAGCACAGCUCCCUGCCAGCAGCGGAGAUUAAAGUUGUGUGUUUAGAAGUGGAUGGCAGGGACUGGCUGGGGUGGAAGUUUUCCCCACAGGCAGGGAACGUGGCAGCUAAGGUCAGGGGCCUGCCACAUCACAGCCCUAAAAAUAUCCUCCGCAUUUGAUGCCCGUCACAGAGCGGUUAUACAAUCGCUGCCCUGACUUGAGCCUGCCAGAAUUAAACCGUACCAUGUUCUGCCUUUAAGGACUGCUUCACAACAAGCUGCCAGGAUGAUGAAAACAAAAUUCUCAAGAAGGAAAACAGACUUCAAUCUCUUGCUAAUAAAUCGUGUGUGAAAAGCAGCCGCGGUGAAGAAAUGGCUUCUCACAAGUCAAAGACUGGCACCAAGAGAAAUGUAACAAAGGCGGAAUCCAGUGCAGUGGAUGUGUAUGUCACACCUGGGGGCUAUGAGCUGGAGAAAAUCCUCAACCGUGGGAGUGUGGCUUACACCCAUGUCAACGAGGUCUGGCCUAACGUGUACAUCGGAGACGAGCAGACAGCAAAGGACAAGUCCAAUCUGAGAGCGUUGGGGAUCACGCACGUGUUGAACGCGGCGGAGGGGACGUGGAACAACGUGGACACCGGCGCUGGUUACUACAGCGACAUGGACGUCGUCUACUAUGGCGUGGUCGCAGAGGACGUCCAAACCUUCGACCUCAGCCAGUAUUUCUUCUCUGCGGCUCGGUUCAUAGAAGAAACGCUGAAGAAUCCUCAGAAUAAACUGCUGGUGCACUGCGUGAUGGGAAGGAGUCGGUCCGCCACCCUCUUCCUGGCGUACCUCAUGAUCUGCGAGGGCAUGACGGUGGUCGACGCCGUCGAGCACGUGAAGAGACGCAGGCGGAUCAUCCCCAACUGGGGCUUCCUGAAGCAGCUGAGGGAGCUGGACACGCACCUCCUGGAGCAAAGAGACUCCCUGGAGCAGAGAUGAUUUUAAAACUUGGGUCAAAAGUAAAUCAAGAGAAGUUCAAGUUACAUCUUAAAUUAUUCAGGACAAGUACAAGUUAGGUGAUAGAUUAUUUGACACAAGUCAGUGCUCAAGACUUUUAAGACGAGCUCUAUACUCAAGUCUUAAGUAGUUAGACAAAUGUAAAUCACUUAACAAGCACUUAAAGACGAGCUCUAGUCCAGUCUCGAGUUUCUAAGUUAACAAAGACCUUCCAGAGAUUAAGGUCAAGUCAAGUAAAUAUCAGCAGACGUCAAAUCAGACAAAUCAACGACUCAGCAGCAUAUGAACAUUUUCUCUUUAAGUGUGUUUUUUUUUCAUAUUAACUGUCAACUCUUGCCGUCACAUUUAUUUUCUUUUGUAUUGUUUUCACUUCACUGGGACUUUAACAAAACUACAUGAAUGUUUUUGCUUUGACGUUUCAUGUCAAGUUUUCAGAGGGUGAAAUUAAAAAAAGUUAAUCAGC